AGGGAGAGGCACCUCUACACAGGGAUGUAUCUGGAGAUGACCCCAGAUGGGCAGGUUUCAGGAGGUGCAGCUCAGUCUCUUCACAGUCUGCUGGAGCUGAAAUCACUUCAGCCGGGUCAGAUCGUUAUUAAGGGACAGUCAUCGUCUCUCUAUCUCUGUGUGGACAGUCAAGGCCAUUUGAGGGGACAGAGCCACUACACCGAGGCUGACUGCACCUUCAGAGAGCUGCUGCUGGCUGACGGAUACACCCGUUUCCUUUCCUUGCAUCAUGGACUUCCUGUGUCUCUGGCAUCAAAACAUUCCCCGGAGCAAAACGCCCUCCCAUUCACUCGAUUCCUACCCCUCAGGAAUACUUUGGCAGCGGAGACUGCCUCUGUGCACCAUCCGAAACCUCAAGAAAACCUCAACAUGGACUCAGAUGACCCUCUGGGGAUGGGCCUGAGCUCACUGGUCAGUCCUCAGUUCUCCGCGGACAAGUAA